CACGGAGCGGAAACCGGAAGUAAAAUGUUUGUAGCAACAGUCCAACUUGUUGACUUUUGAUGCUUUAGGGCGCAGACUUUCCCCAUUUUUAAAAUAAUUCUCGAAACUUUUACCAAAAGACUAACUUGAGCGCCAUUUUUUUUCUCAAACUAAAUGUGGUUUUCCAGCGCUAACCUUCGUGGGACCAAACGGAGUUGCUGCAGACACUUAAAGCGGGAACUUGAAUUAGCCGAAAUUAGCCGAGUCCUAAUUCGAAUUUCAAAUGAGCGUUUUGUCGCCACGCGCGGACGUAAACCGGAGUGGACUCUCGGAUAAGAUUAAUCCCGACGUCGGUCAGGUCCGUUUGACGAUCCAAAAAGAGGCUGGCGAGUACCAGAGGCGGAGCUCCAGGUGCCCGAAGUCCGCCGCCGGACACAGGCUGAAUCCUCAGACGUCGUCUAGCUCAGAAGCCGGUCACGAGCUCCAAACGUGUCAUUUUGAGGUGGGGUCUCGGGGUGCCGUGUUGGCGGCUCUCAGGCAGCGUGCUCGCGGCGCACCCCAUAGACAGGAGGAGAAAAUUCAGCUAUUAAAGCCUCGGCAGGACCUCACAGAGGUUGCGGGGGGUCCGCAGGAGGGCGCCAUUGAUACAUUUGGAUCUUCAAGUGUGGCCACACCGUGUGACCUAAUACCGGGCACACCACAGGUCACGCCGCAGGCCCCGCCCACGGAACGGCCGGCACAUACUGCAGCGACUGUCUUGGACCGGUUGGCAAGGACAAAUGUGGGGACUGACCUGGUUACCACGGCAACAUGCAGCGACUGCCCCAGGGAGGAGCACCGUCCCAACGUUGUUUCCGUAGCAACCCAAGCCAACGACAGUUUCGCCACGAUGGCCAAUAAGACGACGAGGGAGGCGGAGACAAAGAUGUAUCCGGUGCCACGUUCCACGUUGGACGAGGCCCGCCGCCGUCUGCGCCAGAUUCAGCGGCAGAAGAAAGUUCUGAACGAGAACAUGGAGACAUUGGAGAGGGCCCGUGCAGGAGAGGUCUUGCGCUGCCAGCUGGAAGCUCUUGCUGCGAACAGCGAAUCCAGUGAGCAGGCUCGCAUCAAGAAGACUGUGGACGCGUGGAUACACCUGAUCAGCCGUGACGUGCAGGCCAAGGUCGGGGAGGAGUCAUCCAAUCGUCAACCCGUCCCGGCAUUAUCUCGGCAAGGGGCAGCGGCCAGGAGAAACCCCGCCCACACAAGUCGGCCAAUAAGCUCGCUCAAAGGAACAGAAAGUAAAAAGAUUGCUGUGGCGGGAAGAGGACCCCGAACCCAAACUGCCACCAGGCAGGGGGUGCCGCUCGCCGCCUCUGUACUGACGGACGGCGAGGCGUACCUAACGCGUCUGUACGGGAGAGCACCACAGGACAUCAAGAGGAUCCCGGAGCUUCCCUUAAGAUUGACAGUGAUGCCCGCUGAUGGGAGGCCACGCCCCCUGGUGGCGGACAGUGUGAGAGGGGCAAAGUUGAAACCUUCACAGCCACAGGCCUUCCCCUCUGCACCUCCACAACGCCAGUCCUCUAACCUGAGCUCUGUGGGACCCACUGAGGCUCCUUCUCCUGCCAUAGCCAUCCCACUAGCGCAUCCAAGGAUAGGCCCCUCCCCCAGAUGGCAACAAACAGUGACACCGAUUCCUGUUACACUGUCACGUGUGGAGCAUAAAGAACCGGACACUCGCACAAAGGCCCCUCACGUACCCGAUGCUAGCACAAAGGACCUUCAGGUACUGGACCCUAACUCACCUGAACCUCCUGCCGCAGACCUCCCAUCCCAGCCGAGUCCUGUACCCGUGGAAGUGCAAGAAGAGCUUGCCUUGGCGUUGGAAAGUCUGCCAGAUGGAGGACUCGAUGUAAAAUCGGACUCGCCUGUGUGUCAAGAGAAAACUAAGUCAGAGGAAGGCGUUGAAGCUCCGCCACCCCCAUCGAUCAUUGUUGAGGCGAUGGAGACGGAGGAAGACCAGGAGGAAGUGAAUGGAUUUCCUGGAACAAACUUCCUGUCUGUCGCCAAUGUGGAACAGGAAUCCGUAGUCGGGUCAGAUCCGUCUGUAGCGGGCGAGGAAGCAGUCCAUCUGGAUGGCGGUCCGUCUCCUCCUCCGGCGGACUACCAGGGUCCAGACUUCCCCCCCAAGAAACACAGUUUGCCACCUACCCUCAGCCAUAGCUGCGUGCCCAACCUAGAUGACGACAUGCUCAACCGUAUGGUGCAAUGGGUGGAGCAGCAGCUGAUGACAAGAUUGAUUUGGGAGCAGUAUCCGCCUCCUGCACUUGAGCAGAAAGCCCAAUCCGAUGUGGAGGAACGCAGUUUCUCCUCAGACGUUGCGGAUGUCGCCGGCGGAGAUGAUCCCCAGUUGCUCCUGGGCGCCGGCGACUGCGUAGACUCGACUCACGUCAAGAACCUAGUUUGUCAGGUUUUGGCUGAGAUAAAGGAUCAGGUGCUAGAACCGAAGGACGUUUCGGUACUCUCACCGAAUCCGGAACUAAACGAAGGUCCGAGGGUAGCCACGCCUUUUCAGGAGAAGAUUCUUCCCGUGGUUCCCGUGAUGACUGCAGUCGUCACACCUCUACCUACCCCUCUUCCGAGCCCCGUUUCGUCCAUCAAGGACCCCUCACCCCUCCCUACGCCACCUCCAUCUGAACCGAGCUACUCGCCUAUCGACGAUUCUGCUAUCGCAGCCCAACCAGAACCUGUAUCCACACCCGUCCCCAGCCCUGAGCAGAACCUCGAUGAGGUCCUCAACACGACGUUUUCCCAACCUGACCUCCAGCCGGACGCAGAGGAGGACCACCGCACGGUCUCGCAAGUGCCUGAUGUUCAAGAAGAAGCUGUUCCUUCACCUCCACGUGUCCCACCUCACGAGCCCGAUCCGGACCCCGCCUCCGGUCCUUCUGAGGACUCCUCAUGUACCACCAGUUGUACCGACAGUACUACUGUGACAGGAAGCGAUACGGGACUCAAACUGGUGUCGGAGGGUGAACUGCUGAUCAGCUUCAGCCACGUGGACGCUAUGACAGGUGAGGAGGCCAGUUCGUCAAGUUCUUUUCAAGAGGACUUGGAUCCUCCCAGUGAAGGGCAGGUCCCAGUGCACACAGUGGAAACGGUCCAUGUGAAAAACAGAACUUUGCGACAGCCGGACGAUCUGAGCUCAGGGGAGGUGACGCACUCCACUACGCCUCUACUUGAUGGAAGUGGAGAAGCUGUUUUGGAGGCGACCGACGAAAGUAUCAACUUUGACCCGUUGCCGGCGCACGGUCAGAUGUUGACCUCUGACCUCCCGAGUCGACCCCUUCAGGUCACGUACAAGCACACACGUGAAUAUGUGAAGAAAGAGGGCCCAAUAUUUAGCAAAGUCUCCACUCGACAGUCAGACCCGGCAGAAGCAACGCCCACGGGACCCAACAGAGUUGAAUCGUCAUCGGACAGCUCUAGUGAUAUCUUCUGACUUCCUAUCGUCACAAACGUUGCACUUUGCUGAUUUGGUUUGGGUUUUUUUUGUGUGUAUUUUUUAAAAAUAAAACAAUAAAAAAAAACGUAAUUCUCU